AUGGAAUCCUCCAGUAGUAAAAAGUAUGGAUUAAUUGUACCUAAAAAACUGUCAGACCUACCGAAGAAGAUCACUAAUGUGUUUGGCGAUGAUAGUGAUUCUGAAAAUGAAACAUCAAAAAAACGCAUUCAAACUAACAACCAAACUAAAGCUCAGCAAAGAAGUGCAAAAUUAUCUAUUGACAAGGCUCUGAAAGAAGACGCAACAGUUUUUCAGUACGACGAAGUUUAUGAUGACAUGGAGAAAAAAAAAGAACAUAAUAAUGAAAAGAAGAAAGAUACUAAGCCACGGUAUAUACAAAAUUUAUUAGUCCAAGCUGAGAAACGUAAGGUUGAAUAUGAACGCAGAAAUGAAAGGUUAAUUCAAAAAGAAAGAGAAGCCGAAGGAGACGAAUUUAAAGACAAAGAAGCGUUUGUCACAGCUUCAUACAAAGCGAAACUGGAAGAGUUAAGAAAACUGGAUGAAGAAGAUUUAAAGUUUUCCAUGAUUGAAGACAUUAAUGAUGUAACAAAACAGAAGGACAUGGGUAGUUUUUAUAGACAUUUGUUUAAAGAAGAAUUGUGCAAGAAUGAAAAUGAUAAAACUGAUGAAGUGAAAAAGCCAACAAAGAAACCUGAUGCAAGUCGCCAAUAUAGAAAGCGUGCUUCUUCAAACACUUCAGAUGAUGAUAAUGCUAAUGAUGAUAAAGAUACUGAUCUAUCGGACUCUGAUUCAUCAGUGGAUUCCAAGCGUAGAAAAAUUGAAAUUCAUGACGAUAAAAAAUCUGUAGAGAAAAAUGUAGAUGAGCCUGAAGUAAAAUUAAAAGAGUCAGUAGAAAUAGCUAAGGUAAAUGAUACAGCACCAAAUGAAGAACCAAAACCACCCAUGGAAGAAACUAAAGAGAUAAAGGACAAAAAGGAUAGGGACCAAGACAAUAAGGACAAAAAACCUGAGAAAAAUGAAAGUAAACCGAAAGAAAUUAAACCCAAAAUAAAUAUUUGGUUAAAGAGGACAGUUGGUAAUGUUUUUGAAGAAGCACGUCAAAGAUAUUUCCAAAGACAAAUGACUAAUUUACAAUGUGUUAGAACUUAG